ACUCCGGUGGAAAGUUUAGGAAUAGUCCAUCUCUCGCUGAAAGAUAUUGUGACUGGAAGAGUCCAUGUUUAGAAGGGACACCUUCUACAUAGACACUGCUGCUACACAAGCCAGUAAUACCAUACACUAAUAUAUUACUUUCAUGCUCUCAUGUAGAUGCAGGGUGUCUGAGAGGAAGACAAUGAAGGUCACUCUGAAGGACGUAAAUUCACAAACACACAGUGCACACAACAUCACACUGACAAACCUCACAGCUUUUCCCACAGUAGUGUUUCAGUUGUGACUAUCAGGGAGAAGUUCAAGAGAAAUCAAGAGAAAUUCACCUGCUUAGCCUUUAACUAUACAGAUUGGCUUGAAAAUGUCUUGAGAAUGUUACAAUUUUACAGUCAACUUGCAAUGGCAUUACAAAAUGAAUUUAGUAGUAGUAUGUAAAAACUUCAGUGUGUAUUAUACCUCUAAUAACCGAGUGACGUGCUACAUGUAGGUAAAUAAGUUGCUUGAAUGUCCACACUGUAAACAGGGGAAAUGUGUGGCUUGCAAAUGCGUGGCACAAGGAAACUGGACAGACCUGUCAAACGGUGUCUUUUAGAAAACAACAAGCGAUUAUUAAGAAUUUAGAGUUUUUAGGAUGAGAAAAAUUCUGCACCUAGUAUAAUUCAGAUAUUGAUAUUUAUCUUGUGAAACAGACUGGAGCGAUAAAGAUAAACUCUUUCAGGGAUGUUAUUGUGUGUGACUCUCCUUAUUUCCCUAUACAACAUUAUGGAAUCCCAGUCAGAGCAUUUACAAGUGAUUGGCCCAGAAGCUCCUCUUGUUGCUGUAGCUGGUGAAGAUCUGGUUCUGCCAAGUUUCAUCAAACCCAACACCAGUGCGGUGGACAAGACAGUGGAGUGGUUGAGACUAGAAGAAGGGGCUUCAUUAGUGCAUCUCUAUAGGGAUCAUGAAGACAGAAAUGAAGAUCAGGCUCAGUCCUACAGAGGAAGAACAUCACUGUUUAAAGAGGAGCUACAGAAAGGCAACGCUUCACUCAAACUCUCAGCUCUCCAAGUCUCUGAUGCAGGAGAAUAUAAGUGUCUCAUUAUGGACCAAUCCUGGUAUGAUGACAUCACUGUUCAUGUUAUUGUUGAGGUUCUGGGAAGCCACCCAGUGAUCAGGAUGGAGAGUUAUGAUAACUCAGGAGGGAUUAAUCUAGUGUGUGAGUCCAGAGGCUGGAACCCUGAACCUGAGGUUCUGUGGCUGGACAGAGAAGGAGCUACUCUGCCUGCUGAAGAUACACAGAUACACAGAGACACUGAGGGUUUCAGUGUGAAAAGACGCAUCACUGUUUAUGACUCCAACAGGUUUUACUGCAGACUUCAACAAGAACACCACAUGAUGGAGGCAGAUAUUACCAUUAAUAGUGAAGUCUUUGGUGUUUGUAAGUGGCCUGUCUGCAUUGCAGUUUCAGCAUGUCUUGUUGCUGGAUUGCUAGUAACAUGUGUUUUUGGACUGAUACUAACUGCUUUUGGUUACAAGAAAGAACUUCAAAAAUACAAGCAAAAUGCAGAGGGUUCGGUAAGAAGAGUAGAGAAAGACCUUCUAAAGAAGAAGUUGUUUGCAGUGGAUGUGACUCUGGAUCCUGAUACAGUUCAUCCUGAACUCACUGUGUCUGAUGAUGGAAAACAAGUGACACGAGCAGAGAGACAGCAGGAUCUCCCUGAUACACCAGAAAGAUUUAUGUAUCUCUGUGUUCUGGGACAGCAGAGUUUCUCCUUAGGGAGAUUUUAUUAUGAGGUGCAGGUCAGAGGGAAAACUGCAUGGACAUUAGGAGUUGUGAGAGAGAACAUUAACAGGAAGGAGUGGAUUCCACGGAGUCCUCAGACUGGAUUCUGGACUGUGGGGCUGAGGAAUGAGAAUGAAUAUAAGGCUUAUGCUGAUACUGAUGUUCCCCUCACACUGAGAGAGAAGGUGGAGGUGGUGGGGGUGUUUGUGGAUUAUGAGGAGGGUCUGGUCUCCUUUUAUGAUGUGAAGUCCAGCUCUCAUAUCUACUCUUUCACUGCUCAGUCUUUCACUGAGAAACUUUAUCCAUACUUCAAUCCUUGGUAUAGUGAAAAUGGUAAUUCAGCACCACUGAUCAUCUCUGCUGUUACUGAAUAAAUAUCUGAUUUAUAUUUUUUAACAUUUUGAACUUUUGUAAAUAAUGGAUUUAUUCAUCUCUAGACAUUUAGGAAUUUUAUAAAGAUGCAUGAAUGUUACUGGAUUAUUUAGAGCUUAUGUGUAAGUUAGUAUGAUUCCUGUCAUUAAAGCUGCCAUCUGUACUACUUUCUAGCUCUCACUUGAGUUGAAUUUAGAGUGUUAACUAACAUUUUCUCCACCACUAAAAAUCACCACUUAUUGUAGUUGAGAAUCUGACACCUUGCCAGGUGUAUAUCUGUUAAUGAGGUGCGUUUUCAGGUUAGGAUGCUAUUUAAUGCUGUUUAUUUUCUCCAGAACAUGAUGUCAGUUCUUAGUAAAUGUUGUUAAUAUUUGGUAAAUGAUCGGUAAGGUUUGUUUUGUAAUUGGUUGUGUGGAUGUAUGUGAAUUAGACCUGCAUCUCUCCACAGACCUGCAGUUUUAAUCUCAUCUGAAGAUAUGGAGCAUUCACUAACAUGGCAGUAGUUAGUAACUGUGACUAAUGUGGCAUUUACAGAUUUGUUCUAUUUCUGGAUGUCUUGUUUGAAGA